AAUGCCGCUUCUGGAUGAUAAAACGACCUCGUACUAAAGUAUUACUCUACAAUAAGCCUACUUUGUCAAACUAAAGUUACUCAGGACUCCAUCACCAUGGGCUUGCUGACGAUUUUGAAGAAGAUGAAGCAGAAGGAGCGGGAAAUGCGACUGCUAAUGCUAGGUCUGGAUAACGCGGGGAAGACGACCAUCCUGAAAAAGUUCAAUGGAGAGGAUGUUAGCACCAUUUCACCAACACUGGGCUUCAAUAUUAAAACCUUGGAGCACAGAGGGUUCAAAUUGAACAUUUGGGAUGUAGGAGGUCAGAAGUCACUGCGCUCCUACUGGAGGAACUACUUUGAGAGUACAGAUGGUCUGGUGUGGGUUGUGGACAGCGCUGACCGACUGAGACUGGAGGACUGCAGACAUGAGCUGAGUUCACUGCUGCAGGAGGAGAUGUUAGCCGGUGCAACUCUUCUGGUGUUUGCCAACAAACAGGAUUUACCAGGAGCAUUGUCAAAAGAGGCAAUAAGAGAGGCGUUGGCCCUAGAUCAGAUCAAAACUCAUCACUGGUGCAUCAUUGGUUGCAGUGCAGUAACAGGAGAGAAUUUGUUAGCUGGAGUGGACUGGCUAUUAGAGGAUAUCGCUGCAAGGAUCUUUACCACUGACUGAGAGUAUGAUUUUUUUUUUUUUUUUUUAAACCUCCAUAUGGGAAACACAGACAAGUUAACAGCAUCAUUGGAUUCUGAAGAUUAAGCCUUUUUUUUUUUGUUGGAUGACCAGCUCCGAUAUUGGUGCUGCCUGUCUGUGACUGCAGAUUCCACCUGGAUUUUUAUGUGCUAAAAUGUCUCAAUAGGGCAUAAAGCAGGAAAAGCCUUUAAAUGUGAAAACUUUGCUCAGUUGAGUAAAUGAACACAUUAAAACAGUAGGUUGCUUUCACGUAGUAUACACAUACACAUAGUAAUGAUCUAACUUGAUUGCAGUUUUUGUUUACUUUAAAAACUUUUGUUGCAGCAGACCAUUGGUUGAUUUGUGCCUCUUUUC